UUGUGGGGACACAAAGCUGUCGUGGCGUUUGUGGGGUGAUCGGGAGAGUUCGUCAGGCUUUUUUUACACACACCCCAUUCUCUUUCCUCGGUUGAGUGCUGGCUUCAAGUGUUACAAGGAGCAAGGCUUUAUUCCAUCUCCCCACGGCGUGCCAGGAUGAGGAGGGCUGGGCUGGGUGAACCUGGCGGUAAUUAUGGUUAUACCAAUAGUGGUUAUAGCGUGUAUGAGGAAGAAAAUGAGAAGUUAACUGAAAGUUUGCGUUCAAAAGUUUCUGCCAUUAAAUCACUUUCCAUUGAAAUUGGAACGGAAGUUAAACAGCAAAAUAAAACUUUAUCUGAAAUGGACAAUGAUUUUGAUUCAACGAGUGGAUUUCUCGGUGCAACCAUGGGUAGACUGAAAACCCUCUCCAGAGGAAGCCAAACAAAACUCUUGUGCUACAUGAUGCUAUUCUCACUCUUCGUCUUUUUUGUAAUUUACUGGAUUAUUAAAUUGAGGUGAUACAACUCUCCACUUUAAGAACAUGAAUGCCAUACUAGACUUCUAGAAAUGUCUGUGUAAAAAAUUGUGAACACUCUUUUGUAAAUUGCAUUAAGGAUUAAUGCAUCUGGUUCUGUACUGUGUAUUUCUCUAUUUUUAUCAGGCCAGGAAUAUUUCUAUUUUAAAGCCCUUAUUUUGUAGGGUUCUUAAACUGAAUUUGCUCAAGCCUGAGCACUUUGUAGAGACAAAAAAUAGUUACUUAGCAUGAAAAUACGUUGUUAAAAUUGCAAAGUAAAAAGGUUUUUUUCAUGUUCACAAGCAGCCUUUCUAUUUUAUAACUCCUGCUGCUUUUUUCUACCAAUAAAAAGCAAUCUCACUUGAUUAUGCUAUGUAUAAGUUAUACUAGUUUUUGUAAAAAGAAAGAUGAGUCUAUCAAAACUAAGUACUGUUAAAUCUCAUUGUUUCAUUAAGAAAAUUUAGUACAUGCUUAACUUUGGCUGUAUUGUGUCCAUAGUGAGUUGCAGUAACUGUACAAAUAUAUUUGAGAUAGAUUUGUUAACAUCUUAAUUUAUUAAUUUACUUUUUUUCCAUUUUGGGAGGGAGAGAUUGCUGAACAGAAUAGACAGCUGCUCCAAUCAACAAAAAGUGGUAAUGAACUUAGUACAAGUGACCAAGUUGCUAUAUUUUAAAACAUCUUCUGAUGUAGGGAGCAUUUGCAAGAUUCAAAAAGAAAAGAAGAUAUUUGGAGAUGUUCAGAUGGCUGUGGUUACUGGGUUGGAGCUAGAUUAGUUAUUCUUUGAAUAUAGCCACUGAAAUCAAGGGGAAUUAACUAAAAUAGGUCUCACUGACCUCAGGGGUUUAUUCUAGAUAUGCGUAUGAUGGGAUCCAAAAUAUUUGGUCUGAAAGAAAAUCAAAGACCUACUUAACUCAGAAAGAAUAUAAUAUAUUAAUAUAGGGAUUCUCGUCUGGUGUCUGUAGAUUUGGGUUGCUGCAGGAUCAAUGAGGCUGCAGCAGGAAGCAGCAAAUAGAUUUUUCAGCUGGUUCCAUAGUUUUUAUGGGAGCCUUUCAAGGAAGUAGUAUAAAAUUUUUUACCUAAGUACGCUGCACUCUGUUUCUGUAAUUUUUGUGCCCAUCUGAACAUAUCUACUAUUGGAGAAAAGCAUUAAGGAAAACACAAUUAAAAUUGUCUGCCUAAGUAUUACCCAGUAUCUAAAAAUAGUGCUUACCCUUCAGAUGCUACCCAUUUAUCACCUAAACACAUUUAGCUUGCCAUUCCAAAAUGAUCAGGAGCAGUGCAUUAGAGAACUGUACAUAUUAGACUUCUUAGCACACAGGCAGAGAAAGCUAGUCUGUUAUCUAAAUUUCCACUGUAGGAGCACAUUAUGUUGAAGGAUUAUGUGACGGCACGUCCAGUUGCAGUGUAGUCAUCAUCUCAUAUGCAUUUUGGAUAUGUUAGGUUUCAGGGUCCCUUUAAGUGAAGAAUCAGGUUACCUGGAUAACCAUUCCCAGGACUACAAUGCUGCUGAGGUGCCAGUUUUUUAAUUUAACAGUACUAAAUUCCUUCUGUGGAACCAUAUUGAUGUGAGCAAGGACACACCUACAUGUAUUUGCAUUGAAGCAUUUUAGAAUUCGCUUGCAGAGCAAGGGAUGAUUUACAAAACACACACAAUGGAACAUCUCAUGAUUUGUAAUUUAUUAGAACAUAAUAAACAUAACAAGAAACUUGGAAUUUCUUACAGAAAAUGGCACUUCCAUUGUUUUAACUCUUUAAAAAGAUGAAUUUCUUAAAAUCCAUGUAUUCAUUUUAUUAUGUUUGAAAUGCAUAAAUGUGAUGUUUAUUAAGGCUCAGGCAUGGUGCAACUGUAAUAUAACAAAAUUAGAGAGACGAUACUGUGGGCUUUCUUUGUGCCCUCCAGCUCCUCUUCUCUAGUUAACAGAUUCAAUUGGGGAAAACAAGUGAGAUGGUCAUGAUUAAGAAAUCUGGCUUUGGAAUUCAGAAAACACAGUAUUUGAAUUAUGAAAAAAAGCUAAUUGUAGAAUCCUAUCCCAGUACUGCUCUCCUGCCCCCUCCCCAAAAAAGCACGAAUCCUACUCCAUCAGGGUUCUUAUAUGAAUUUUAAAUGAAACAGCCCUCUUUUGAGGAGAGUCUAACUUAGCUUGCAAUGUUUUGGCCCAUGUGCAUUCCUACAAGCAAACUACACUGCAGGAAAGGACAUGGCUCAUCCUGUGUACUGAGUCCUCAUGGCCUAGUUCCUGACUGGUUGCUGAAACUAGAGGGAAGUAUCAAGAACUCCAGAUGUAUCUGGAAGAAAAAUAUGAGUGACUGUUUUGGCAGCACACAUGUUCCACCUCUGCUUCCAUGUAGAUGUACAACCUAAUUCUGGUCAUUAAAGGGUUUCCCCAGUUUGAUGUAAUUGGGCAGUAUAACUUUGUGGGCACAGAUGUGGCAAAGCACAGAAGCCUAUUAUGAAGCAGAAUAAUUUAAAAUAAAUGUGCCCAACAUGUAAGACAUUUAUAAAAUGAGCACUGAAAAUGUCAACACAUUCCAGUGAUAAUAUGAAUUCCAAAAUUCCCUCUUUUGUGGGGCCAAAAUGGUAGUUUUUUCACCGUAUAUAGAAUAAGUGGUCCAAGUAAGUUCUUAAAAAUUAAAAAUAAUUUUAACUGCAUUCAGUACAAAGCCAGUUAACAACUUAUUGCAAUUAUAUUCCUAGUAAUUGUCAGGUACAAUAGCACAUUAUAUUACUUUAGCCAAUAAGAUGGAAUCGAUUGUGUGUGCGUAUGCAUGUGUGUGCACACACAUAUGCACACACAGAGGAGGUGUGAUGGUCAACUGUAACAUUCUGUGACUUAACCAUUGUAAUUGCAGUAACAGUAUACCUAAACAAAUACUCUUGGUCAGUCUACAUAUGGGUUCAAUCAAUACUUUGCUAUUCCAAAUGUUGAAAUUUCAUCAGAGCCAGUAGGGUGUGAUAGGAUUCAUGCAGCCUUUUUAAGAGGGUAGGCGGUGUUUGACAGGCCAAGGGAUAUUCUAACCUGAUGUUGCUCUACAGAAUGCAGAACCAAGUAAGUGAUUAAUCUUCAGUUAAAACUGAUGGAGAAAAAGGUUCUGGGGCAAAGUAAACAAAUUUACCUAGCAGUGUAUGAACAGCAGGGUAGCUCAGUAUAGGCUUUCGGCGAAAUCUGUAUAAGCUACUGCUUGUGUUCUGGUUUUCUUUACAUAAGUUUAAUAUUAGAAAUUUCACAGAAAGAAGCCAGAUCUCCGCCUGUAAAUGGGGAUAGAGGUAGCAAUAAGAACACUUUGGGUAAAAUGGGUGUGUGUGUGCUUGAUUCUAGUAGUGGCUUUAUGGUGUGGUGUGGCAUAUCAGGUGCAUAUGAGUAAGCAUUUAAGCUAUCAGGUUGGUUGGUUCUUCGAAAAUUGUAUAUUGCAUAUUCUUUCCCCAAAGAGUCUACUUGAUGUACCAUAUUAAAAUAUAAAAUUCUUCAAAAGUC